GGGCAGCGCGCGCUGACAGCGAGGAGGACCAGUCACACCAAGUUCGGACCGAUCUACAGUGUGCUCGACAUGGAGGUGUCUGCUAAACUCGUGUUCCCCAUCGUGAUCAUCUCCGUGCUGGUCGCUCACAAUCCGACCGAAGCUUGGUACAAGCAGGUGGCCGGUCCGACCUACUACUCUGUGGGCAGGGCGUCCGGCUUGCUGUCCGGUAUCCGGAGGUCACCGUACGUCAGGAGAGCCGAGCAGACAACCGAACCGUCAGACAGCGGAGAGGCGGCAGCGAGCAACAGCGUGCUUCCUGAUCUCAGUUCACAGAGUUUCCUCCUGAAGACGAUGGUCAGUAGGUCACGAUUUGGCUUUAGCUGUAUGGGUUCACCUUUACGCAUUACGCACGGAGACAGCUUUGCGCACGGCAGCAGGAGAGUAUUAUGAUCAUUUUCACCGUUUUAAGCUUUAAUUUAGGGCACCCUCCGCUGACAUACGAGUUGAUACUACCUUUUAGGAUUUAGAAACCAGACAUCCUCUUCACGUUUAUUACGGUUAGCUUCUUCAAGAGAGACAGCAUUAAAAGUUUUCUGUGGGUAAUGCAUUUUUCAUAGUAGCAGUAAUAGUUUUGGAGCCAUUUUCCCUCCAUAAAAUACAGAAGCAUUCAAAUUGACAACAUUAGAAGAAAUUUGUUUCCAUUUGCAGAUAUCAAGUCAUGGAUUUUAACUGAUAAAUAUAGUGGAAAAGUGUACAGAAACACAUGCUUUAGUGUUGUUUAAUCUGCCAGAUAUCCAAAUGACUAAAUCUGUCUGUUUUCUCUCUCUCUACAGUCAAUCUGCGUUAAAGAUGUUAAACCUGACCUGCAGAGCUGUGAACUCCUCCUGGAAAACAAGAACUCCUUCAAAUGCAAAGCAGACGUCUUCCUCUCUCUGGACUCCUCAGACUGUGCAGAAAACUGAGCGGAAAAGCAGAUGAAGCAGCCUGAAUAUGUGGAAACACAGAAAACUUUACAUUCAAGUAAAUCCAAGUCUCAAUUGGUGUUACACAAGAUGGUGAACUUGCUUGUUUGAAAUGUGUUUAUUUUAAAAUGUGAUUUAUUCGUUCUAUGAUGAUAUUGUCUUUAAACUUUGAAUUAAGUUGUACAUAUCUGAUCUGUUUUCAGUAAUAAAUUAUUUAUUGCAGCCCUUUGUUGAAAUGAAA